AGCCAGCACAAAACCACGCAGGCAAUGCUCUACGUGGAUCUCAAUUGCCAUUCACAAGAAACAAAACCUCAUUUGGUUUCUUCUAACGCAUGCAAUUUGAAAUUUAUACACUGUAGAUGAAUUGAAUCUACUCUGUACAUACAAAUUCGCAAUUGGGCAUUUAAGUCUAUCUGUUCUGUCACACAACUUGCCAUGCAUGCUUAUGCAUGUAAGUAAAUAAUAUUAUACAUAUAUACAAACAUUUUGUCUGAGAAUUCUAAACACCAUUUCUUCUGCAACAGAUAAAAGUCACACUAUGGCCUCGAUCAGUCUGGAGGAGCUCCAGGCUUACCACAGUAUCGAUCGAGAAUUAUUUUCUCGAUUGGUAAUAGGUCUUAGGCGUGAUCCAGGUGAAAGUUUGCUAGUGAUGGCCACAUGGUUAUGGCUAGAAGAGAAAGGUUUCCCCAACAUUGUUGGCAAGAUGAUGAAACUUUCAGAUGGUAUGGUGGAUGCACUUGCUGAUGAAGCUGUUUCAUGUUUCAAAUGUCUUGAAUCAAACACUCCUUCAUCUAUGUUACCAAACCGUGGUACUAUUAUCUUUACCACAAGAUUAAUGGAGAAACACGUUUCUUUGCAAAUGUUCCUCCAAAAUAGAUUCACUGCAAUAAGUGGAAUAAAGAAUUUUCUUAACACAGUUUGUGCACGCGUUUUCACUGAUAUUCUUCAGCGUGUGUUGGGUACCACCCCAUCGCAGGUAAUUCAGAACCAGCCUCUUGUAAUACCUGGUUUUCCUCAUCCAUUAUUUGGUGGCGUGACUAUUGUGCCAAGGGCAAUGGAUUUUGAUUUUCCUGCAGGAGGAUUAUGGGGUUGGAGCCCAACAAAUAAUAAUAAUGUUUCUGAAGAUGAAAGAACCAUGUUUCUAACUUUCUCAAGGGGCUUUCCAGUAUCAGAAAACGAAGUUCGGGAGCUUUUUACAAGAAUGUGUGGCGAUUGUGUUGAUACUGUGUACAUGCAACAAAAUUCUAACUCAUCUCAUGAUGAUCAGCCCUUGUUUGCUCGUUUGGUUUUACGAUCUGUCAACAUUGUUGAUCGAAUUCUGAAUGGGAGACGCAUUGCAAAGUUUCGAAUCAAUGGCAAACACAUUUGGGCUCGAAAGUAUGAACGUAGAGAGUAAUAUAUUCCACCAAACAAACAAUUUCAUAUCAUCUGGCUUUAAUUAAUUAGUUAUAUCAUGUUUUUGUUAUAAUAUAAUACUACUCUUUGUCUAUCCUGUCGAUUAUUUCUUGAACUAAACACACAACUGAAAUUCAAAUUUCUGUCUCACUGUUGCUGCUGUUACAGAAAUUCAAACUCCCACAUAUAUCUCUCAUUUUAGUAACAAUCUUAAUGUACGCCACUUGUUAAUUAUUUAAUUACCAAGUAAUUCUUGAGGGGCACUGCAUUAAUUAAUGUUAAUUUAUUGCUCACUAAAUUUUUACAAUUAAUUAACUCCUCACUCCUUAUAACUCUGCAGCCAACAAAAGUAGCUAUUAAAUGCUGUCAGCAAGUUUCAAAUUUCAAUUCCUAGUCUACUUUUCAUAGAAUGGAUGGACAAAAUAUGAAAUUUAGAGUAUUGUAAUUAUCAAAUGAG